CACAAGUCGAUCUUCACAUCAUUAAUCAAGUUUCCAACCAUGGCUUCAAGAACUUCAAGCCUCAAAUUCUUCUCACUACUAAUUUCUUCACUUGCCAUUGUUCAAAUGGCAAUGGCAGACCCGGACAUUCUUACCGAUUUCAUUGCCCCAAAUAAGACAGUAGAUGGAAACUUCUUCACAUUCACGGGAAUGCGUGUUCUUGUUGGUGGAGACGAGCCUAAAACUUUCACAGUAUUGAAGGCAACCUUGGCAGAGUUUCCUGCUCUAAAUGGGCAGAGUGUUUCAUAUGCAGUCCUUGAAUUCCCAGCUGGCACUACUAAUCCACCACACACUCAUCCUCGCUCUGCCGAGCUCCUCUUCCUCAUUGAGGGUGCUCUUGAAGUUUGCUUUGUCGACACAAAGAACAACCUCUUUACUCAGACUCUUCAGACAGGUGACCUGUUUGUGUUUCCCAAGGGACUUGUGCACUACCAAUACAAUGCUGAUUCACAAAACCCUGCUCUAGCAAUCUCUGCCUUUGGAAGUGCAAGUGCCGGAACUGUGUCAAUCCCUACCACUUUGUUCGCCACCAACAUCGAUGACAAUGUCUUGGCUUUGUCCUUCAAGACUGAUGUUGUCACGCCCCGAAUUUUGAAUAACAAAUUCAAAUCCGAAACAUGAAUUAAACAACUUAAACAAAUAAACGUUCUGAAUUUUUUUUUCUCAGAAACAACCUCGCCACUCACGCUCAAAUUCAAAACUCGAAGACCUCGAGUUAAUUAUUACAACUCACUCGUACAAAGUAAAUUGUAAAGCUCUAAUGAGCAUAACAAACCUCACAACUGAAAAUCAGAGUAUUACAAAGCAGCUACUCUACACGGUUCGAUCACCUUCCUGAAUUCUCCAGUCCUGUAGGAUUAUCCGCUACACCGUUUGA